GCUUCUGAUGAAUAUUUUUCACAUCUAGGAUGAAGUGGUGAAGCUCACAGAUAAAUGUCUUAACAAUGCAAUUGAGAGCCCGAUAGCAGCAGCAACGUGGCUUCCAGCAGACAUGAAAAGCAAUAUCGUGAAGGCCCAGGUGGAAGCAGGGCACAAGGUGGUAAGAGAAGACAGCCUGGCAGGUAGCAAGAAUUCCAACAUUCAGGAUGCUGCUUCCAGGAACAUUCUCCCAUCAGGGAAAACCCAGAGUAGUCCCUCAGCAAGCAGUCCAGUAUUUCAAAACAACCUGAAAACAACCCCUGCCUCAAACACAUUCAUUCCUAAUGCAUUAAAUGAGGAUAAUGCUGCCUCUAACCAUGAAGAGUUGCUGAUUCCAGCUAAUCUGGCUCCAGCAGAGGAGGCUGCUGUUUCAAAGAGCGCUCCAGAUGACCAGGACGUUUUCCUAUCAUCAUUGACAGAGAAUCUAAUUGACUUUACAGAAGCAACACCUCGGGUGUCUUCCCAGCCCAUAAUAACACCGAGGUGGUUAGUGCCAACUGGACUGAUGUCCAAUGGGCCUUUGGGAAAUGACGUUGCCUUAUCUCUGAAAGCAGUGAAAGGCAGCACAGAGGCUCUGUUGUCAUCAGCUGGAUUGCCACCGUGCCAGCAGACAGCUGAAGUCCUUGCAAGCUGUACUGGUGAGGCACAAUUAGCUGCAGUGACCAGUUCUUUUAUUGAACCUCUUAAGCAAGGGAAAGCAUUGGUGGGCAGAAAGUGGACGGCAGUGAUGUGUUAUUGGAAGUCAGUUCUGUUUGCCCUUCUGCAGGUUGGCCAUUGGAAAGCCCAGUCGCUGAGGAUGCUACAGUAAGGACGAAAUGUUUACUCACCACUGAACUGUAGAAGAUGGAGCUUCUGUACUUCCCACCUAGUAAAAACUCAAACUCAAAUCUUCUGACGUCUACAAAGAAUCCUUCAGAAAGACUAGCAUGGGAUGAAACUCUUGCUCAAUGGGGGUGAAACAGCCAGCUGGUUUGCUAGAAUCCAGGAAGAGACUUUGAAAUUUAUUGCAAUCUAACUGGAAUUACAGUCUGAGCCGAAAUGCAAAACCACGUGAAAGUUUGAUCUUCUCCCUCAAGAGAAGUGAAGUAUCACACUGGAGCUAAUUCUGAACAUGAGGAACAAAAUCUAGUUGUGUUCCACUCACACUUGGUUUAGUCUCAUGCCUCUCAAAUGUUACGGGCGAGUGAUCGCUGUGAUGUUAGCUCUGCCGUAUUUGAACACAUCCCUGUCCUUUGUAGAGUAAUAUUGGGAAGAUUAGGAGAACUUCUAGGGCCACCUUGUGGCCACAUAGUGUAUGGUGGCUCACAGUAGCAAUGACUGUUUCAUGUGGCCAAGAUCAUUUUCUUCUGUGUGAUUAGUCACUCUGAGUUUCCUUUGCUUUACUGCCACACAUGCUCCUUUUGGCCUUAAAGCCCUUGGUAAUCUUUGCACCUCUUCUUACAGGACAAACUAUUGUGACAAACUACUUUGACUGGAUUUGAGCUGCUCAUUGCAACCAGGAAAGUUAACCUGCCAAACUUCUUAUAGCAUUAGCACAUUGCAGCAGAGGUCCCACAUUUUGACACUGGUUAUUUCAUUUCCUCUGUGACUCAAAUACAGAUGUGUACUUAGGCUAUAGGUGUAUUUUUUUGUUUUCAGCAUUGAAGUAGUGAAGUUGUGAGUACAGCUUACUUCAGAAACUGCUUUUUGGUUAGUUCUCUUGUCGUUCAGUGCUAGGAAGGACAAGAUUUUCAUUUUUUCUAUUCACAUUGUUGCUAGGUGUUGGUUUGAGGUCUUGUGCUUUGGAGAAUACUUAACACGCAGGAUAAGGCAUGAGGGUACAACUAGGUCAGUUCUUAACACCACCUUGAAUCCUGUUCCAAAUAGUGUGUGGAACAAAAUACAGAAUAAGGUGAAAAUGGGGAAAAGAGAUGAAACAUUCCCAAAAGCAGAUCACCUGCUCCUAGGAGAAAGGUAGGAACACUUGCAAGAGUGUGCUCCACACUGCUGGUAAAGACCUAUUGGUGCUCAGGUAAAGUACAGGAUACAGCACAUACAAUUUGAAGAGUGUCCUGGGCUUCAGGAUCCCUGUGUAGAGAUGAGAACAUGGACCAUGGGAAUAUAUCCUGUGAAAAUACCAGUGCAGAGUCAGAGGAAGGAGAAGUGUAGAAGCCCAGUGAUGAAUUCCACAUCUCUGAACAGGGAAGCACAGUUGAAGCUACUGGGAUCCUUCUCAGGAAGAGGUUUGUGCAUAUGAAGGCUUGGAGGAUGUUUUCUGCACAGUGCUGCUCUUUAUUUAUAUACAUGGGGUUCUUAGGAACAUUUUUAAAUGUGAAAGUGAGAUAGAAACCUGUAUGCACAACUUUCUUUGUGCAUGCCUGCUGCAUGAACAUAACUCCGUGUGGACAAAGAGUUGGACCAAAUCACUGUGGGUUGUGCAAGGUAAGCUGGUGUCCUGUUAGGCUGCUGCUUUCAGAUUAGGGUAUGUCUUGGGUGUUCUUAUGGCUGUUCUCAUUAUUUUUUUAUAAGAUGCUGACUGAGAGUUUUAAGGAAGAAACCACUUGGCAUUUACACAGCCCACUGCCACUCCUCAAAACCUCAGAGGCCUUAAUAGAAAAACAUAGGGACCAUUGGGAGCGGUUGAGACUGGUAUGGGCUACAGAGAGUCAUCUGCAGCCUUUGCCUAUGUAACCAACAGUUGAAAUGGAUGGCAGGAGCUUCAGGCACACUUCCCCACUCACAGCACUGCCAGCCAAAGAGGAGCUGCUCUUUGGGCCUAAGUGGUGCACUUGUGCUGGCCAGCAUUUACCUCCCAUCGUUACUUCCAGCAGAGUAUUGGCUUUUUUAGAUUUUAAGUCUGAGCUCUAUUACAUAUUAAAACAUGAAAGAUAACUCGAUUCAAAUAUCAAAUGUCUUAGUGUGGAUCAACAGAGUUGCCAGAAAAGUUCCUGCAGCAAAAAAGGGAAGCUACGGCUGCGACAGUCUGCUUCCUGCACAAAGCCAGGACUGUGUGGGGAAACUUGGCACUCACUAUGGAUCUGUUUGCUCAGCAGCUGAGCUGGCAUUCACCAACUACAUGUGUUGGUUUUGUAAAUAGACAGAAUGCAGAAGCAUUUUCUUUAAGGCAUGUUUGAUAUUUGACUCUUCCCAUUGGGUUCAGGAGCUCUGUGAACUGUUAGCUUGAAUUUCUCCCAGAAGUAAAAUAACAGAAGUUUACAGUUUUAAAGUACCGAGUGCUAAAUAAUUAGAUUCCUUCUGGGAAAUCGCAUAUAGCAAAAAAAAAAAGCCAAACAAAAAAACCCUAAAAACAAGUAAGUAACACAUGGUGAAUGUGGCCUCCUAAAAUCUAAAUGGUUCCAAGUCCCAGUUGUUACACUGCCAGUGUGGCUGGGGUGGUGGUGAUGGAGGAAAUGUUGCAUUUAAACUCCUACAUGGGAGAAUUUCAUAGAGGCAAGGUUUUCCUCCACUUCCAGUAGCUAAAUACUUCAAAUUUUACUUAAAAAUUCAAAAUGUUCAGCUUCUAUGUUAGAGAUCUGCAAUUUCCAUUAGAAUUGAGGCUGCAAACCUAGCCUCUUCCCAGCAAUGUCCUGGUA